AUGGAAGCGAUCUACUGCUUCUGCACUAAUGAAAACAUACAGCAGUACGUAAAAAAUAUCUUCAUUCUACCAGAUGUCAUAGUUUUUCGGUCAGAUUCGGACGACCCAGACAAAUGUGAAGACAUGAAGGUACAAGCUUUCAAAAUGAUGGUUGAUAAAUGUCAAAAAAUAGCAAUUCCUUACAGUUCUGGCAUUAGUGGCGAUGACUUCGAAAAGUCCAAACUGGAAUGUUGGCCUCUUAUCCAAAGCUUCGCAUGCAACAUAAAUGAUACAGCCGUGAUUGAUACAUACAAAGCUAUUUGCCUGGGCCUGUCAAACCUGGUUGAGAAUUUGGAGCAGUACUCAUUUCAAUACGUAAAGACGGCAAUAGAAAAAGCAAAGAAGAUGAUUGCGAGGAACUUAAGCUCUGUCACUUACCAAAAAAUCAACCUGGAGUAG